AUGUCGACAACGUCAACCACUCCCUCGCCGGCGUCUCUCAGCAAGUCCGCCAGCAUGUCGCAACCAGAGCUAUUAUGGACACCAUCCGACCCAGAGUCAACAUUGAUAUCCCAGUACCGUCACCGGAUCAACCACAAAUUCUCCCAGUCGCUCAAAGACUCCCAUGAUCUCCAUACCUGGACGGUGCGAAACCCACAUGAAUUCUGGAUCGACCUGUACGACUACUGCGGUAUCAUCCCCCCGUUACCGAAACAUACGAAGCUGGCGUAUAACCCCAAUCUCAGGCUGAGGGAUGUCCCGACCUUCUUCCCCGGCUUACGGCUGAACUACGCAGAAAAUGUCCUUGUACCAAACACGCAACGGGAUCCCCAUGCAAUUGCUUUAGUCGGUCUGCGAGAGAACGGACUUUCCAACCCCGAGAACAUUACCUGGGCCGAACUGACCGAGCUCGUACGACUCACUCGCUCGGCAAUGGUUCGACAGGGUAUUCAGCAAGGCGAUGUGAUUGCUGCAUUGAUGGCGAAUUCAAUAUGGAUCAUCGUGCUGUUCCUGGCAUCAGCCUCGAUCGGGGCGGUCUUCACUUCCGUGUCCCCCGACCUAGGCGUUCCCGGUUGCGUCAGUCGAUUCUCUCAGGUUGAGCCGAAGUGGCUGUUCACGGACACGGACCUGGCGUUGCGCGGGACCAGACCAUCAAUGAUGGGCAAGGUGCUCCAAAUACUCAGGUCUCUGCCCAGAGACAAGCCCAAGCCGAAGGUCGUCUUUGUGCCGACAUGCCACAAGCCCCAUCUGAAAACCAACCUCCAAUACGUUCGCCCCGUCAAUGACGCUAUUUCCCUGGCCACAUUCCUUGAAGCCUCCCGCCCUGCCGACAAACUCACGUACACGCGGAUGCCGACAGACCAACCCCUGGUGAUAGUGUACAGCUCUGGCACGACGGGCGAGCCCAAAUGCAUCGUCUCUCCGCACAUCAGUAUCCUGAACUACAAGAAGAUAUCGCUGCUGCACAAUGGACUUACCCCUCAAUCCACAGUCUUCCAGUACUCUUCGACAUCCUGGAUCCUGUGGAACGUGAUGAACGGACACCUUAGCGUCGGCGCCAAAGUCAUCUGCUAUGACGGCGGCGCACUAUACCCCGACCCUAGCACCAUGCUCCGCAUCAUCGAGAGAUUCAGGGCAACCUACUGGGGCACAUCGCCGCGCUACCUCCUGGAGCUUGAGCAGUCCGGGAUAUUGGACCCGUCGUCGCCAACCUACCAAAAGCUUGACCUCUCGUCGUUGACACUCGUCACAUGCACCGGCGCGACCCUCACGACGGAACAAUUCACCUGGUUCUACCACCCCGUCCGUGGCAUCUCGCCCACCCGCAAGAUUCACCUCUCGAGCGUCGCCGGCGGCACGGACAUUGCGUCGUCAUGGAUCGCAACCAACCCGGCUGGCCCCGUCUACGCCAAUGAAAUGCAGCUCUGGGCACUUGGCCACGACUGCGACAUCCUUGACAGCGAGACCGGCGAGAGCAUAGCACACACAGGCAUGCCAGGUGAACUAGUGUGCAGGAAGCCUUUCCCCAGCAUGCCUUGUCGAUUUUGGGGCGACACAGGCAACAAGAAAUACAUGGAAGCGUACUUUGAGAAAUUCCCAAUCUCGCGCGACGGCAACGCCGAGAGCAAGACCGUGUCCAAGAAGUGGUCGUGGCUUCCAGGCAAGGCGAACGACAAGGCGGACGCGCUCGAAUAUCUGGACGUCUGGGCCCAACACGACUUCAUCACCCGCAACCCCAAGACAGGGGGACUACAGAUCCUAGGUCGCAGCGACGGCGUCCUCAACCCGAGCGGCAUCCGUUUCGGAAGUUCCGAGAUCUACAAUAUCGUCGAGGGGCCGCAAUUUAACACGUUGAUCUCCGACACGCUGUGCGUGGGCCGUAGACGGUCGCAUGACAAGGAUGAAACCGUGUUUCUGUUCGUCAUCAUGGCGCCUGGGCACGAGAAUGACUUCACGCCUGCAUUGGUGGACAGGAUCAAGUCGGCGAUCCGCGAGGGACUGAGCCCUAGGCAUGUACCGAAGUUUGUGUUCCAAGUCAAGGAUAUUCCUUAUACGGUCAAUGGGAAGAAGGUCGAGAUUGCGGUGAAGAAAGUGAUUAGUGGGGCGAAUGUGAAGGUAAGUUCGACGGUACGGAAUCCCGCGAGUCUCCAGGAGUAUGAGCGGUUCAGAGACAUUGAGCGGGAGGCAGGGUCGUCGAGGAGAGGGCGGGACGCGAAGCUAUGA